AUGAUACCCUUAGACAAGCAGCUCAGCAAACAAACCGUAGUAGUGCCUUCAAGAUCACACGAACCUCAACAACAGUCAUCUAUCACACCAUCCACUAUUAACACUGCCACUGCCACCCUAACCACAACCCCAUCACCAACUCCAACGUCCACCACAGCGACGACGACGACCUCUUCCUUGCCUACCCACAUGUUGGAUACCUACGCCGAACUUCCGCAGAAUAUCCAAAAUUAUUUUCUUGUGCAUUUGCUCCGCCGAUCCCCCAUGAGCGCUCUUAGACUCGCAAACUCCGCCAUCCUGCAAGCCCUGAGGAUGGACAUUAUUGCUCGCCUCCCACCGUUACUUACACACCGCAUUCUGCGUCUCGUCGACUUUUCCAGCCUGUGCAGAGCAACUGCUGUCUCACGUCAAUGGCACAAGAUUAUUAACGGUGAUGCCGAGUUAUGGCAAGCCAAGUUCGAGGAGGCAGGAUAUGUUGUGUCACCCGACGACUCUGAGCACCAAGCCUUGGCAUACAAGGAAUUAUAUCGACGACACUAUCGCAUGCAGCUCAACUGGAAGUACAACCGAUCAAAGCGUAUGCAGCUGACCGGCCAUUCCAAUAACGUGGUGACGUGCUUACAGUUUGACGACGACAAGAUCAUCACUGGAUCAGACGACCACAGCGUCAAUAUCUACGAUAUCAAGACAGGCAAACUGCGACGCGUCCUCGAGGGCCACGAUGGCGGCGUAUGGGCGCUGCAAUAUGUUGGUAACACACUGGUAACAGGCUCGACUGACCGAACGAUUCGUGUCUGGGAUAUCGAAACGGGCGAAUGCUGUGAUGUCUUGCGCGGACAUGCGAGUACGGUGCGGUGCCUCACAAUUGUGAUGCCGACACGGACGCGCGCAGGACACAUGGAGCCGCAGCGCCCCAUGCUUGUCAGUGGAUCCCGCGACACAACCCUGCAGGUGUGGAUGCUGCCUACUCUUGAAAAAGAUCACAGCAAUAACGAGCCACAGCUGCAGCGACGAACACGGCAUCCUCCCAUGUCUACCGACGCAGAUGACCCGAUGGGCGAAUGGAACAAUGUCGGUGCCGAUUACCCCGGCACAAAAUACCACGUUCAUACGCUCACAGGCCACACCAUGUCCGUGAGAGACCUUGCUGCUCAUGGGAAUAUCCUAGCUAGUGGUAGCUAUGACAACACGGUGCGCUUGUGGCACCUGGAGAUGGGACAAUUGCGGCACGUGCUUGUUGGCCACGAGCAAAAAGUCUAUUCGGUCGUCAUAGAUCCGAAGCGAAAUCGAUGCAUUAGUGGCAGCAUGGACUCUACCGUUCGUAUCUGGAGUAUUGUCGAUGGAAGUUGUCUGCAUGUCUUAGGAGGUCACACCAUUUUGGUUGGUCUGUUGGGUCUCACAGACAAUUUCUUGGUGAGCGCAGCUGCUGAUCAAACACUCCGUGUAUGGUCACCCGAUGAUGGUGAGCGGCAACAUAUACUUAUUGGCCAUCAAGGCGCUAUCACAUCGUUUCAGCACGACGAACACAAAGUUGUAUCAGGAUCUGAAGGUGGAUUGAAGAUGUGGAAUAUCAAGACAGGAGAGUUGAUGCAUGAUCUAAUCAAGAAUGUAAGCGGCGUAUGGAGAGUUGCCUUUGAUGAAAGACGAUGCGUUGCAGCUGUCAAAUGCGCCGAUAAUAUAACUCGUCUAGAAGUAUUGGACUAUGGAGUCGUUGGACUUUCUGAGUAG